UCAGCUGGAACACUUUAGGAAUUUAAUAUAUUCAAAUAUAUCAAUAUAACAUUUAACUUGAGUAUAAGCAAACAUUGGAGGCUGUUUGUAAUUCUUGCCCCAUCUAAUUUAUGAAGAUUAUUUGUUAUUUUCUUUGCAUCAUCUAAUUUAGACGAAUUGGCCUGUACAUAAACAACAUUAGCUCUGUUAAUAAUACCAUCUGGAUGUGAGUCCACUGAACUGAUAGUGAGCUGCUGUAAAGAUCUCCUUUAAAUAUCAACACAUCUUUUUCGUAUUUCCUUCAAACGAUUGUGUAAUAAAGGAUUUUAGUUUUGUAUGAAUGUAUGUUGUCUGUUCCCCCCCGUGGUGCACUGCUAUGGGUGCCACCGCGACAUGUGUCCGUCAGACUCUUAUUUUGAAAGCGCAUCCCGGAUGUGUUAGGCUGGUUCAAGAUGGCCGAGUAUUUGGCGUCCAUCUUCGGCACAGAAAAAGACAAGGUCAACUGUUCUUUUUAUUUUAAAAUCGGUGCGUGUCGUCAUGGUGACCGCUGCUCCCGGUUACACAACAAACCCACCUUCAGCCAGACGAUUGCCCUCUUGAACAUUUACCGCAACCCCCAGAACAGCGCCCAGUCCGCGGACGGCCUGAACUGUGCCGUCAGUGACGUGGAGAUGCAGGAACAUUAUGAUGAGUUCUUUGAGGAGGUCUUCACAGAGAUGGAGGAGAAGUAUGGCGAGGUGGAGGAGAUGAACGUGUGCGAUAACCUCGGAGACCAUCUGGUCGGUAACGUCUAUGUGAAGUUCCGUAAAGAGGAGGACGCGGAGAAGGCGGUGAUGGACCUGAACAACCGCUGGUUCAACGCCCAGGCCGUCCACGCAGAGCUGUCCCCCGUCACCGACUUCAGAGAGGCCUGCUGCCGGCAGUACGAGAUGGGGGAGUGUACCCGCGGCGGCUUCUGUAACUUCAUGCACCUGAAGCCCAUCUCCCGGGAGCUGAGGAGGGAGCUGUACGGCCGCCGGAGAAAGAGCGGACAGAGGACCCGGUCCAGGUCCCGGGAGAGGCGAUCCCGCUCCAGGGACCGAGGGAGAGGGAGUGGGCGGGACCGCGAGAGGCGUCGGUCACGGGACCGGGAACGUUCUGGAAGGUUCUGAGAGCAGCCGGACUCCGGAGCUCCGGCCCGACGGAAGCUGACCGCGACGGGAAGCAGCGAGACGUUGAUGUUGUUGGAAUUCUUUGUUUGUUUUUCCUCUUUAUAUAUUUUUAUUUUGUCAAAAUACUUUUAACUUGUCAUUAAAUUGAAACUCUUUGUACUGA